AUGCAGCUUUGCCCACUCACUCUACUCGGCCUCGUCGCCCUCGUCGCGAGCCUGUGCGCUGGUCGCACGGCGCCGUCCUCCUCCCCGCUCCGCCUCGACUCGCCCGCCCUCGCCUCGUCCGACACCCCGCCGCACUCGGUCCAGCUCGAGCGCAGCACCGACGUCGAGGAACGCCAGCUUGACGCGAGGCGCCUCGCCGAGCAGGACGACGCGGCGCCCUCCUCGUCGGUCGAGGAGCUUCGGGCUCUCGACUCGGGCUCGACAACGAGCAGCUCGCCCAAGCGCAAGCGCUGCAUCUACAUCGGCACCUUCUUUCACGUCAUCGACUGCAACGCGCCCACCAACUCGACCCAGGUCCCGUACGCUCCGCCGCGCGAGCCCGAGCAGACGACGUCAACGUCGACGACGGCGUCGAGGGCGGGACCGGCGCCGGUCGUCGCCACCGGUCUCGUGACGAGGACAAGGGCCAAAGCGGCGGCGACGAGCAACGUCGAGGGCGGCUGA